AGGAAGCGAUCCAUAACGUGGAAGCAGGACAAUAUGACGUUGAAGCUAUCGAGGAGCAAGAAGCAGAAAUACCGUUGCCUAUAGUCACCGUGAACACGCAAUAUACUGCAGCUUUGAUUGACUUACAAAAGAAGAAAUCAUUGCUCACCAAACGAUCAUCUAAGAUGGAUGUAUUUGAUACGACAUCACAAGAGGUUGUCAAGGCAACGAGUGAGAUUGCAAAAGAGGUGGAAGCCUUGGAACCAGUCAGCGAAGAGCUUGAGAAGGCUGGUAAACAGUUGGUCGAGGUUAAGGUAAGUUUAUAAAUAGCAUUGUAACACCUCAACCUAACUAUCUCAAUUUAGUGCCACCAAGACUCAUUUAUAUUCUUUAUUCGUUUUUCUCCGCAAACACAGGUGAUCAGAAACAAACUCCAUCCUGUUGAGAUUAAACUGGUUAUCAUGGAGCAGACAUUGGUCUGGUUAGUUGAGAGCAAUCGUGAUGACCCUGCAACGGUCGCCUUGCUCAAGGGGCGCUACAGACAGGUAGAAGAGCCGGUUACCAAGCUCGUUGCCAAGGUUACAGCACGUGAGGUGAAGCUCUAUGAUAUCGUGACUGUUGUAUUGAAACCUGAAGUGAACCUAGACAGAGUUGAGGAGAAAUUGGAAGAGUUUGAGAAAGAAUUUAGUGAAGUUGAACCUGUGUCUGCGAAAUAUGAUGUUGCCAUGGCCGUCCAAGAACAACACAAGGUCUGUGGAAGAGCAAAGCUAACGUCAUUGAUAGCUUGACACUGGAAAAAAAAGUGAAAUCCAUACUACGAAAUUUGCAAUUGCACCACAAAAUCCAUAGUAUAUCCAACCUAUUUCCAUGCUAUAUCCAUACUAUGGAAAUAUACAAUUAUUAUGGAUAACCAAAAUCCAUUCUAUUUCCAAUAAAGGUCCAUACAAUUUCCAUUCUAUGACCUUCUAUGGAUUUUAAUUUUUUUUUCCAGUGUGAACUGUUCUAGUAAGGUUUGUCAUUCAGGAAGCCUCCUUUCUCACAUGUGAGGCGAAAUUAUAAUCAGACAACUACAUAUUGCAAGAAUUCAACAGCAAUUUUAUGUCGGUAUAUUUGACGCUUUAAUGUUUUAACUUCAAUUCAAUACUCAUGUAGCCAUUAUGUCACGAAGUUGUGAACUACGAUCAAAUCCUCAAACAUAUCGUACAACAAGUGCAGGAGCAACCUGAGCAAUCUUCUGAGCUGCAGAACAGACUUAAUGAUCUUAAAACACGCUGGUCAGACGUUCAUAACAAAGUCGUGGAUCAACAACAGACCAUUGAAGAUGUCGUCCCGGCCGCGAUCACUUGUGAAGAGGCCUGGGAAGAGGUAGAACCACAUCUGAACGAUGUCGAGGCUAGAUUGAAGAAGAUUACAACUAUUCCUGUCGAACAUAAAGGACUUACGAAACAACAGAAUAUUCUCAAGGUUAGUUUGUUCAGGAAAAUUUUUGUGUGUACUUUUCCUCAGUUCUCUAAUAAUUAGCCUCCCUCUCUAAUAAGACCCCUCUCUAAUAAGAACCCUCUCUAAUAAGACCCCUCUCUAAUAAGACCCCUCUCUAAUAAGACCCCUCUCUAAUAAGACCCCUCUCUAAUAAGACCCCUCUCUAAUAAGACCUUUAACUUGCAGAGUGCUGAAGAGACGAUAGAAAGAGUCACGCCUAUGUACCAGGAAUACAUUGACACUGCCGCGGCACUCAUCGACACGUGCAAGAUGGAUGACGUCACACGUGACGUAGCCGUGGUACAGGAGAAACUUGAUCUCACAAAACACAGGUGGGCCAAGAUCAAAGAACUGACUGACGAGAGAAAACAACAAAUGCAAGAAGCGCAGAAACUUGUGAAGAAAUUCCAGAGUAUUGUAUCCCCGUAUGAAGAUACUCUCAGGAACUGUGAGAAACGAAGCAAGAAACCCAGGGAGCUUGGCUCUGAACCUGAAGCAUUGCAGAAUUACUUGACUAAACUGCAGGUAAGAAAACUAAACUAACAUUGUCUCUGUACAACUUCUAAUAUUGUUCUCCUUAGAGGAACAGCAAUCCCUUAUUGUUCCAGUGUUGAAACAUAAACUAAGCUAAUUGUAUUUAUCCUGGAUAGCUCUAUCAAUUUUAAACUCCAUAGAGGUGCAAUAACGGAAUACUUAAUUACCUUAAGGAAGCAACUGCGCAGUAAUAGAGAUGAAAGAUACUUGCCCUAAGUACUGUAUCGCCAAAAUAUCACUCAAUAAUACCCCAGCUUGGAUUGUAAACACGUACCUAACACAAACAGUUCUUUUCAGAACGCAAAGAACGAUCUUGAUACGGUCAAAACGCAAGCUGCUCCUUUGAAAUCUCGUCUCCAGGCCGCGAACAACAGUAGCGAAAUCAUCGACUACUCAGCUCCUGUUGAGCGCGUAGCCAGACUAUUGGACGGAACAGAAUCAUUGAGAGAGGAUGUGGCUGACAAAAUUCAUUGGUUGACAGAUGUUGUGGAAAAGACCGCUGAGUUUAAUACUGCUGUCACUGAAAUGGAGGAGUGGUUACCUAAGGUGGAAAAGAGUGCCGAGUGCCUGGGUCCAAUGAGUACAGAUCUUGAGAUAAUCAAGGAUCAGAUUAAAGCAGUCCAGGUGAGAUGGAAUUUUGUUUGUAAUAUUUGCAAAUAAUAAUCUUCAUUUCUGCUUUAUCUCUAUGUGGUUUAUAGGUGGGUUCCACUAACCACUAUCGUCAACAAAAUUGAUGGUCAAAUUGAGAACAUAAUGUUAAUUAUUUUUAUUAUAAUUAUGUAGUAGUAGACUUGUGUACAAAUGAGUAGAAUUAAGAAUUGUAGUUGAAUCUAUGUUCUGAAGUGAACCAAUUUAUGUCAUUUAGGAAAUCUUACAUGAAGUUGAAGUUAAGAAACCGCUGAACGAGAAGAUCGAAGCUACUUCAGAUUGGCUGACGCAAGCAAGAAAUGACGAACCGAAAGAGGUCGGCAAGAUCAAAGAAAGAAGUGGUGACGUCAUCGACCGAUAUAACAAGCUGUUGAAACAGCUUCAGAAUCGUGAACGAAAACUGGGCGUGAUCCAGAAAGAAAUGAGCAUGUCUGAGGAACUGAUUGAACCGCUGGAACAAGUGUUUGCUCAAGUUGAAGAGUUGGUUGAGGCUGCACCUCCUGUCUCGUUCGAAGCACAAGAAGUUGAAGCUCAUUUGGAAAAAAUAAAGGUGAUGUAAUGUUUGAUCACGUUAUAGAACUCCCCUCCACAAGCCCUAGGAUUCUAAUACCCUCAUUUGUAUCAAAUAAUAAAAUUAACAUUCUAUUGACAAUUUAGGAAGCCGAAAAUAAGUAACAUUCUGUUGACAAUUUAGGAAGCUAAAAAUCAGUUGGAAGUGUCGAAACCCCAGGUUACCCAACUGCGUCGUUCAAGCAAGGAGAUCCUACAAGCCGUGGAUAGGGACUCGCCAAGUUCGGAAACCGUUCAGAGCCGACUGUCUGGCGUAAAACAACGACAACGUAGAUUAUUAGCCAAAGUUCACAAGAAACAAUCGGAUAUGGAGAGAGAUAUGAAUGUAUUUAAAACAUUCCAUGACCACCUUAAGAAUUUGGAAACUUGGCUUGCUGACGUGGACACUGCUGAGCUUGAUCAACCAAUCAGCAUCGAGCCUGAUGGUGUACGUGAACAAAUUCAUAAGACAGAGGUAAGG